AUGAUUCUAGCGACGACCACACGCCGUCUAGACCUGUGCAAAGGCCUCAAAGUCGCCCAUCUCAAGGAUUGCCAAAGCCCCGGCCAUCUGCCGGGAAACCGCAAAACGUUGCUUCUCAAUCAUCGCGAGCAUCUGUCCCAGACGGCAGAAAAAAAUCCGACUCCAUCGUGGAUCCCUACUACACUUUCACCAGAAACAGCAUCUCUCCUCCAAACGGAGCUCUCCAAGCCAAUCUCAUCAGCUGACGAAUAUGGUUACAUCUAUAUGUUCUGGGUAACACCCCAGACAGCAACAAGAGAUAAGAGUGGAGAAUCAGCGCAAAACAGAGAUAUCGCAUCAUCUCUACUACCAUCAGCACCACCAAACAACCAUCUCCGCCCACCAACGCAACCUCGCAGCGUAAGCGAUGCCAUUCGCGCCGCGCGAGACUUGAACGCUCUUACAUCCAACCCAACACCAACCACACCAGGCACGAUUCGACUUAAAAUUGGCCGUACAAACAAUGUCCACCGUCGAAUGAACGAAUGGACCAAUCAGUGCAAUUACGAUCUGACUUUGAUUCGCUAUUACCCGUAUACAUCAUCUGCAUCCGCCUCAUCCUCCCCAGCGAGAACAUCUCCGAGUAAGCGGAGCAAUAGUCACUCGGCUGUUGAUGCAUUAGUUCCUGGCCGCAAAGUUCCUCAUGUUCACCGUGUGGAACGGCUUAUUCAUCUCGAGCUAGGGGAGCUACGUCUUAAGGAUCUUGGCAAAUGUGGGGUUUGUGGAAAGGAGCAUCGAGAGUGGUUUGAGGUUGAGGCUGCGAAGGAGGCUCUAAGGAAGGUGGACGAGUGUGUGCGGAGGUGGGUUUCAUGGGGAGAGUCCAUGCUUUAG